UGCUCAGGGAAGUGACAAGCAGUAAAAGGAAGAAGUCAACUUUUGCUUUGGUAUCUGGCAUGUGUACGAUGCCUUAAAAAAGCAGAUGACCAGCCAAACUCAUAACCAUGCUGACCAUUGUUCGGAAUUGGAGCAAAGCACAGAAAAGCAGCAAAUGGCUCUCUCUUAUAGAAGGUCUGAACAACGCACAAUUCCUGAGCCCUUUUUCCAGAGCACAUUUGAUCACUUCAUUUCUUCUAAUCGGUCUGGAUUACAGACAGAAUCAAUACCAGAGGAAAUGAAACAGACUGGUGAGGAAGAGGGAAAUAAACCACGCUGGGCAGCUCUUCUGAUACUCAUGGUGAUAAUACCCACAAUUGGUGGAAACAUCCUUGUUAUUCUGGCUGUUUCACUGGAGAAAAAGCUGCAGUGUGCCACCAAUUAUUUUCUAAUGUCCCUGGCAGUAGCUGAUUUGCUGGUUGGAUUGUUUGUGAUGCCGAUUGCCCUCUUGACAAUAAUGUUUGAGGCUCUGUGGCCCCUCCCACUCGUUCUUUGUCCUGCCUGGUUAUUUCUCGAUGUUCUCUUUUCUACUGCAUCCAUCAUGCAUCUUUGUGCCAUUUCAGUGGAUCGUUACAUAGCUAUCAAAAAACCAAUCCAGGCCAAUCAGUAUAACUCACGAGCUACAGCAUUCAUCAAGAUUACAGUGGUGUGGCUGAUUUCAAUAGGCAUUGCCAUUCCAAUCCCUAUUAAAGGUAUAGACACUGACGUGGGUAACCCAAACAUUACUUGUGUGCUGACAAAGGACCGUUUCGGCAACUUCAUGCUUUUUGGCUCACUGGCUGCUUUCUUUAUGCCUCUUGCAAUCAUGAUUGUCACCUACUUUCUCACUAUCCACACCUUACAGAAGAAAGCUUACUUGGUCAAAAACAAGCCACCUCAACGUCUAACAUGGCUGACUGUGUCCACAGUUUUCCAAAGGGAUGAAACACCUUGCUCAUCACCUGAAAAGGUGGCAAUGCUGGACGGUUCUCGCAAAGACAAAACUCUACCCAACUCAAGUGAUGAAAUGCUUAUUCGAAGGAUGUCCAAAGUUGGAAAAAAGUCAGUACAGACUGUUUCUAAUGAACAGAGAGCCUCAAAGGUUCUAGGGAUUGUGUUUUCCCUCUUUUUGCUUAUGUGGUGUCCCUUUUUUAUUACAAAUAUAACUUUAGUUUUGUGUGAUUCCUGCAAUGAGAUUACUCUCAAAAAGCUCCUGGAGAUAUUUGUGUGGAUAGGCUAUGUUUCCUCAGGGGUGAAUCCUUUGGUCUACACCCUCUUCAACAAGACAUUUCGGGAUGCAUUUGGCCGAUACAUCACCUGUAAUUAUCAGGCCACGAAGUCAAUAAAAACCCUUAGAAAAUGCUCCAGCACCAUCUACUUCCAGAAUCCAAUGGCCGAGAACUCUAAGUUUUUCAUGAAACAUGGAAGGAAAAAUGGGAUUAAUCCUGUCAUGUACCAGAGCCCAAUGAGGCUCCGAAGUUCAGCUAUUCAGUCUUCAUCAGUUAUUCUACUAGACACACUUUUUCUCACUGAAAAUGAAGGUGAAAAAACUGAACAGCAGGUCAGUUACGUAUAGAACUGGCAGUUUUUAAGUAAAUAAUGUAAUGAUAAGUA